AUGCCAGAAAGGCUAGCUGAGACGAUCGUGGCCCUCUGGACUCCAUUAAUAAUAUUAUGGAUUACCCUCCCCACUUGUGUGUACAUGGCUCCGAUGAAUCAAGCUUACACAUUAUCCACUGGAUCCCCUUUGGAACUAGGCAGGCAGAGUGAAGAACUGCGGAUUUUGAACCGCUCCAAAAGAGGCUGGGUUUGGAAUCAAAUGUUUGUGCUGGAAGAAUUUUCUGGACCUGAACCUAUUCUUGUUGGCCGGUUACACACAGACCUGGAUCCUGGAAGCAAAAAAAUCAAGUAUAUCCUAUCAGGUGAUGGAGCUGGGACAAUCUUUCAAAUAAAUGAUAUAACUGGAGAUAUCCAUGCUAUAAAAAGACUUGACCGAGAGGAAAAGGCUGAGUACACAUUAACAGCUCAGGCAGUGGACUGGGAGACAAACAAACCUCUUGAGCCUCCUUCUGAGUUUAUUAUUAAAGUUCAAGACAUCAAUGACAAUGCACCAGAGUUUCUCAAUGGACCUUACCAUGCUACUGUGCCAGAGAUGUCCAUUUUGGGUACAUCUGUCACUAAUGUAACAGCCACGGAUGCUGAUGACCCAGUUUAUGGAAACAGUGCAAAGUUGGUUUACAGUAUCUUGGAAGGACAGCCGUAUUUUUCCAUUGAGCCUGAAACAGCUAUUAUAAAAACUGCUCUUCCGAACAUGGACCGAGAAGCCAAGGAGGAAUACCUUGUUGUAAUCCAAGCCAAAGAUAUGGGAGGACACUCUGGAGGUCUGUCUGGAACUACAACACUUCCAGUGACCCUUACUGAUGUUAAUGACAAUCCUCCAAAAUUUGCCCAGAGUCUGUAUCACUUCUCAGUGCCAGAGGAUGUGGUUCUUGGCACAGCAAUAGGAAGGGUUAAAGCAAAUGACCAGGAUAUUGGUGAAAAUGCACAAUCAUCAUAUGACAUCAUUGAUGGAGAUGGAACAGCACUAUUUGAAAUCACUUCUGAUGCCCAGGCCCAGGAUGGUGUUAUACGACUAAGAAAGCCUCUGGACUUUGAGACCAAAAAAUCCUAUACACUGAAGGUGGAGGCAGCCAAUAUCCACAUCGACCCACGUUUCAGUGGCAGGGGACCCUUUAAGGACACAGCAACAGUUAAAAUUGUUGUGGAGGAUGCUGAUGAGCCCCCAGUCUUCUCUUCACCAACAUACCUCCUUGAAGUUCAUGAAAAUGCUGCUUUGAACUCUGUGAUUGGCCAAGUGACAGCACGUGACCCUGAUAUUACUUCUAGUCCAAUAAGGUUUUCCAUUGACCGUCACACUGACUUGGAGAGACAGUUCAACAUCAAUGCAGAUGAUGGGAAGAUAACACUGGCAACUCCACUGGACAGAGAAUUAAGUGUCUGGCACAACAUCACCAUCAUUGCCACUGAGAUUAGAAACCACAGCCAGAUAUCCCGAGUGCCUGUUGCUAUUAAAGUGCUGGAUGUCAAUGACAACGCCCCUGAAUUCGCAGCAGAAUAUGAGGCAUUUUUAUGUGAAAAUGGAAAACCCGGCCAAGUCAUUCAAACAGUAAGUGCCAUGGACAAAGAUGAUCCCAAAAAUGGACAUUAUUUCUUGUACAGUCUUCUUCCAGAAAUGGUCAACAAUCCAAAUUUCACCAUCAAGAAAAAUGAAGAUAACUCCCUGAGCAUUUUGGCAAAGCAUAAUGGAUUCAAUCGUCAGAAGCAAGAAGUCUACCUUCUACCUAUAGUGAUCAGUGACAGUGGGAAUCCCCCUCUGAGCAGCACCAGUACCUUGACUAUCCGAGUCUGUGGUUGUAGCAAUGAUGGUGUGGUCCAGUCAUGCAAUGUUGAAGCUUAUGUCCUUCCUAUUGGACUCAGUAUGGGCGCCUUAAUUGCCAUAUUAGCAUGCAUCAUUUUGCUGCUAGUCAUUGUGGUUCUGUUCGUUACCCUGAGGCGGCAUAAAAAUGAGCCAUUAAUUAUCAAAGAUGAUGAAGACGUUCGAGAAAACAUCAUCCGCUAUGAUGAUGAAGGAGGCGGGGAGGAGGACACAGAGGCUUUUGACAUUGCAACUUUGCAAAACCCAGAUGGAAUUAAUGGAUUUUUACCCCGUAAGGAUAUUAAACCAGAUUUGCAGUUUAUGCCAAGGCAAGGGCUUGCUCCAGUUCCAAAUGGUGUUGAUGUCGAUGAAUUUAUAAAUGUAAGGCUGCAUGAGGCAGAUAAUGACCCCACGGCCCCACCAUAUGACUCCAUUCAGAUUUAUGGCUAUGAAGGCCGAGGGUCUGUGGCUGGCUCCCUCAGCUCCUUGGAGUCUACCACAUCAGACUCAGACCAGAAUUUUGACUACCUCAGUGACUGGGGUCCCCGCUUUAAGAGACUGGGCGAACUCUACUCUGUUGGUGAAAGUGACAAAGAAACUUGA